AUGGAACAUUCAAAGCCAGAUCCUACUCCAGUCGAAGAGAAGUUCAAGUUACUAAGAGAAGAUAAAGAAAGAGCAGUAAAUCCUACAUAUUACAAAAGUUUGAUUGAAAGUCUAAGGUACUUGACUGCGACUAGACCAGGUAAUGUGUUUGGAGUUGGUUUGCUUAGCAGAUUCAUGGAGGAACCUUGUACCAACCAUUUGCAAGCGGCAAAAAGGAUUCUUCGAUAUAUCAAAGGUACUUUAAAUGAUGGUAUUUAUUAUGAAAAUACUGAUGAAGUGAAUCUUGUCGGUUACACUGACAGUGAUUGGGCUGGAGAUAUAGAAACAAGAAAAAGUACUUUAGGAUUUGUAUUUUAUCUUGGUUCUGGUGCAAUUUCAUAG